UGAAAUAAACAAAUCUCUAUAAACUGCAUUAUUUAAAAUAAUGUUUAAUUGGAAUGGAACCCAAAAAAUAUGUUUGCGUCAAUUGUGGACAUCCAGUGCGAGACCUGAUCAAAAAAUUUAGCAAUACUGAAAAGCCCACAAACUGUGACAAAUGCCAUCAAGUAACUGAUAAGUAUAUAGAAAUGGAAGAGUUUAUUAUUAUAAUAGAUGCACUCCUUCUGGACUCUUGUGCAUUUCGCCAUAUGAUAUACAAUGGAAACUUUAAGUUAUAUUGGAAAAUUACGCUGGUCGUCCUGCUUCUUGAGUCAUUUGCGUUGUGCCGGCAAAAUAGAGCAGAUGGUUCAAAUAUGGCCUUAUAUGAAAGAGGCUUUUAUAUGUCUACAUUGCAAAACAUAGGAGAGUACCUAUUCAUAGCAUUGUUACUGUUUGUGAUAACUAUAAUGCUUGGAAUAAGAAAGUUAAAUCAAGGAAUUGCAAAUUCAAUCACUACAACUAUUCUUAAAGUUGUGGCCAUUUCUAACUUUUCCAAGUUCUUCCUGUUACCCAUUUUGGUAUGGCGCAGCAACACGACUGAAUUUGGCCAAAGCCUGCAUUACAUGCUAGUAACGGGCCAUCAUCUUUGUUCACUUGUAACAGCAUAUAAUGCUAUCAAUGUUACAAAACAAUUUCGGGAGCUUACAGUGAUAUUGAUCAUUUGCGCAUUUGCUGUGAAAGAGUAUAUUAGGUAUAUAGCUGCAUUUCAAAUGGAAUCGUUUUUGUCUUAG